CUCUGAACACGCACUGUUAACGCACAACAAGCAGCAUGAAGCAAACAAACAAAAAACAAAAAAAAACCAAAACCGCUGAGUUCUUCUUGGGGCUUUGCUUUCGAUGGUGCUGUACGCGCAGGGUGCGGAAGCUUUUUAUGACGUGCCAGCAGCUAAUUGGGGUGGGAAAACCGGGGUGUGGUAAGGGGGAAACAUUGCACAAAGGUUGCAGAGAACACAAACACUGCGGCAAGAACACAGCUUUGCGCAAAGCUCGUACGCACGGGCGCGCGCAACGGAUAAAUACAGGCGACACGGGGAGCUAGAACUGGCAACGUUAGAACAAUACGAGAGAAAGUCUUUAUUUACCUUGUUGGUGGGUGUUGACGGGCGGUGGGGUUGGCUGGUGGGACAGUUUUAUGGUGGGCAAGAAUGUCCACAGCAAGACCUGGCGAGUGGGUGCGGCGGGGGGGGCUAGGACGGGGGGACAAGAACAAUUAGAAACAACAAUCGGGGAUUUAGCAGGAAGGGGCCUUAGGCGCAGGAUUGAGUAACUCGUAUUUAAGUAGAGAUUUACACUAAUGAAUAAAACAAUUAAAACAAACACAGACACACACACACACCCACACACAUACUCAGUCGCACGGAGAGGAAACAAGCGUGGACGCGGGUGCCAAUACCACAAAAGCGCCCACUACAAAAAAAAAAAAUGAGAAAAAUCGGGAGGUGCGUAAAGAGUGGCUCUUUUUCCUCAUUUGCCUCCUUAACGCACUGCUAGGACGUGCUAAGCUGGGUGAUAAAGGAAAGGAAAACACACACACACAUUCGCGAACAAUUACACGGGAUAUAAAGUGGAGGGACAGGGGAACAUAGGCGUAGUAACAUAGCGAACGAAUCGAACCAGAAGAAAAGAAGGAGUGUAGAAAAAGGGGAAAGGGAAAGCAAUUAAGUAUAACUUAAGAAGAACAACUAAUGCGGUAGCAGCGAAUGGGGAAGAGAUUUGCUAAAAGAAAAAAAAAGCAAACGAAGUGGAAUAAUAACAACCACAAUAGCAAAGGAAAGGUUACAAACAUUGGAGAAAAAAGGAGAAAAUCAAAUCAAUUAGAAAAUAAAAACGAGAAAAAGGCGAAACAAAGAUACAAAACUCAAACUAAAAACGACGUGGGAGCAAGAGAAACAUAAAGCCAUUUGAAACAGAACUCUCACUUUCUCUCUCACUCUCUAUCUCAGUAGCGGUGUAGUGGUGUAGUAGUGCAACUGGGGUAAGAGCCGACGGCAAGGCGAGAGCAGACGGGAAGAAGUGUUGUGUGUGAGUCUGAGGGGCGGGGCGCAAAAUGGCGGGCGAAGGCGUUUAUUAGUUCGUGUUGCGUUCUUCAAUUUAUGUGUCGCGUCUAAUUCGAGAUUUUUCCAGUCUAAGUCCGUAGCAGUACUAGUAGCAGUAGUAGCAGUAGUAGGUGAUGCAGAGAGGGGUGAUGGUGUGUUUGCGAUUGCAGAGCUGUAAUUAAGAGAAUCAAAAUUACAAAAAAGAAGCAGAAUAAAAAAACACACACAGUCCUUUUCUUUUGUAGUAGUUUUGCGCAAACGAAUAACGCCUCAGCAGUUACGUUUGCCGCAACAAACAAACAAACAAACCUACACACACACACACACACACAGUGAUACAACAGCUGCUCUCUCGCUCUCUCUUGUAGGACAAAAGCAAGCAAGCCCAGCAAGCAAAAGAAAUCAACUAAUAUAAUUAGCUCAGCUACACACUCUCUCACACCGCAACCCCCGGGGCCGACCGCCGUCGAACGGUUGACGGUGGAGGGGAGGGUGUUUAGCAAAACCAAACUCUAUUUAGUGCAAUUUUGUUGUGGGAGAAGGAUUAAGAAGAAAAAAGAGAACAAAAGGAGUAUGAAGAAGAAAAAGGAAGGUGAAAAAGGAAGGGGUGUUCUGUUGUCCUGUGAAAAUCAAAACAAACAAACAAACAAAACCCAAAAGCAACAACAAAACAGCAACAACAACUCACAAAAGAGCGUUGUAGAUAUAGUUGAUCGUCGUUUCAUGAUAGUUUAUUCAGCAUUACUGAUAGAUUAGCUGGCUUACACUACUAAAAACAGUGAUUGUGAAUAAAACCCUAGAAUGAACUAAAAAGGCAUCAAAAACACG